AUGGGCUACUUCACGAUACCGUUUGAACGCUUCGUGCGCGACGAAAGCGUUACAGAUUGGAGCAGUGGAUUCACGUUGCUAGGCGAGUCAUUCAUUCCCUUGCAAUUCCUCUUCAACACCAUGGAGACAUACUUUGACUCACGGAUCGAUCUCCUGCAACGUAACCUGUCCAAACGCACUGACAAGCUCAAGAUGAAGGCUGAAACUGCUUUCAACGAUUUGAAGGCGAAGUCAGCAUCCCCAGAAGCGUUGACAGAGAAUCUUGACAAGGAGCUGCAGAAAUUGAAGCUGAAGCUUAAUUCGCGUAUGGCGUCUUUGGCAACUGCAUGGAAGUCUACGCAGGUUGUGAGGACGCGUGAAAAGGUCUCGUUUUUCUUUGGCGUCAUGUCGGUUCUCGUAUCGGCUCUACUUUUCGGUCUAGCUCCCCAAUGGGUUCAUAUCGCCUAUACGUUGCAGGCGAUGUUCCUACUGCCAAUGCGUGUCUACAGCUACAAAAAGCGUGCAUGGCACUAUUUCCUCUUCGACCUCUGUUACUACGUGCUUAUUCUCAACUUCCUCUACAUAUGGCUCUUCCCCCAAAGUGCAUGGCUGUUUGUCGCGUGUUAUUGUCUCUCGCAUGGUUCGGUCGCAAGCGCGGUCAUCACAUGGCGGAACAGCCUGGUCUUCCACGAUAUUGACAAAGUCACGUCGUUGUUUGUCCAUAUAUACUCGCCUUUUUCGUUUACUGUGAUCAGACAUUUCUACCCUAAUGCGGAGGAGCGUUUCCCUGCGCUCAAAGAAUUGCCAUUUCUGCAGCCCUGGAGAGCACUGUUGUUGACCAGCCUUAUCUAUCUGGUCUGGCAAAUGUUGUACUGGAAGCUUGUCUAUGUCAAUCGCCGCACCAAGAUUGAGUCCGGCCAACGUACAACGUCGCUUUCCUUCAUGCUCAACAACAAACGCGGUGCCAUUGGCCGUGCUUUAGCUUCCGUGCCAGCCGCAUAUCGUGCUGAGGCAUUCAUGGCCGGGCAAUUCGUCUACGCUGUCUUCACGUCUCUCGUACCGAUUUUCGUAUUAUAUGACAGCGCACUAUGGAGUGGCGCGUUCCUCAUACUGAUAUUCGCUGUGAGUGUGUGGAACGGUGGAGGGUUCUAUAUCGAAGUCUUUGGCCGCAAAUUUGAGCGCGAGCUCGAAGCUUUACGCAAGGAGCUCGCCGAAGCCAAUUUACGAUCAGGACGCUCAAGUCCAACGAUGGUCCCCUCUGACAUUUCCACUCCGGUAUCACCGAUAAUUUCUGAGAAAACUCUUGCAGCCAGUCCCCCAUUACUUGCUCAGAUCACUGAGCCUUUGGCCAACGACGUCCCUCCGCUGGAAGACAAGAAGCACCAAUAGUCGCUCUUGCGGUGUAAGAUGUUCGUUUCGGGCAGGUACCUGGGAUGUGUCGAGGUUGGUAUUUUGACGAAGGUAUUGAUGCAGCGUUUCUAUUACGACUCCCUUGACUGGGGUAGAUAUACGAUAUUAUGUGAAUGUGUCUUACGAUGUACUUAAUAACCUGCCCUUUCUAUUCAUUCCCCCGUAUGCUCUCUUACCGCCACCUUCUCCCUCACGUCUGUAAUUCUUUGGUAGAAGGGAUGGACAUUUCGCAGAUGCGUUUUGGAUCGCACGGCCCCGAGUUAUCAACUCCCUUUUUGGCUUGUACAGUAUCGUUCGUUCGGUGCAGCCUUUUGGAUACUACUGCACAAUGCGAUGGUAGAACACAGGAUGACAUGACGAGAUAUGAUUUU